AUGAAAUUUGAGGAUCUCUUGCUGGAAAUUGGGGGCUUUGGCAGAUUCCAGAUUUUGAUUCUGGCCAUGCUCUGCCUCCCAAGAAUCAACCUUCCCAUGCAUUUCCUGCUGCACAAUUUUCUUGCUGCUACCCCCUCUCAUCACUGUGCAAUUCCACACCAAGAGGCAUUUGUGAAUCUCACCAUGGAGGAAGUUCUGCUCAUCAGCAUCCCUCGGAAGCCUGAUGGCACUUUCAGUUCCUGUGAGAUGUUCUCACACCCUCAGUUCCACCUGCUGCUCAACUCCUCUCUGCAACCAGAAAACAAAUCCAUCAUCCAGCACUGCCAGCAUGGAUGGGUCUAUGACCACUCGCAGUUCACCUCCACCAUCUCCACCCAGUGGGAUCUCGUGUGUGAUCAGCGUGGGCUGAACCAGGCAACAGCAACCUUCUUCUUCAUCGGCGUCACGAUGGGGGCCGUGGUGUUCGGGUACCUUUCCGACAGGUUCGGACGGAAGACCAUGCUCCAGCUGUCCCUGGUGUGCUCCGUGGUUUUUGGGAUGCUGAGCGCCGCCUCUGUGUCCUACACGAUGCUGGCCAUCACACGGACCCUCACUGGGGUGGCCCUGAGUGGCCUCUCCCUCAUUGUCCUGCCUUUGGGGAUGGAGUGGGUGGACAUCCAGCACCGCACCUUCACCGGGAUCCUGAGCAGCAUCUUCUGGAGCGUUGGGAACAUGCUGCUGGCCCUGGCAGCGUACCUGGUGCGGGAAUGGCACUGGCUGCUGGUGGCUGUGACAGGACCUUGCCUCCUGAGCAUCGUCUGCCUGUGGUGGGUCCCAGAGUCUGCCAGGUGGCUCAUAGCCAAGGGCAAAGUGAAGCAAGCCCACAGGCACCUGCUCAGAUGUGCAAGAAUGAAUGGAAGGAAAGACUUUGCUGUCUCACCAGAGGCCCUCACAAGGAUGGCAACAGACAGAAACAUUGGAGGGAAUUACUCCUACAUCAGCUUGUUCAGGACCCCAGUUCUGAGGAAGAUCUCUCUGUGCUCUGGCGUGGUGUGGUUUGGCGUUGCCUUCUCUUAUUACGGCAUGAGCCUGAACCUGACUGGCUUUGGGCUCAGCAUCUACCUCUCCCAGUUUGUCUUUGGCAUCAUUGAGAUUCCAGCCAAGAUGGUCAUGUACGUGCUGGUGAACCGACUUGGCCGGCGGCCGAGCCAGGCAUGGACACUCAUCCUGACCGGAGUCUGCAUAGGAGCCAACAUCGCCAUCCCCAAGACCUUCACCUCCCUGCGUUCUGUAGUGGCCGUUAUGGGCAAGGGUUUCUCAGAAGCUGCCUUCACCACCAUCUUCUUGUACACCUCAGAGCUCUACCCCACCAUUCUGAGGCAGAAUGGGAUGGGGUACACCUCCUUCCUGGCACGCCUGGGAGGGUCCCUGGCCCCACUGGUGUUCCUGCUGGACGAGGUGUGGCGGUCCCUGCCAGAGGUGACGUACUGCGGGGUCGCGGUGUGCAGCGGUGCCGUGGCCUUUCUGCUGCCGGAGACGCUCAACGCGCGCCUUCCCGAAGGCAUCGAGGACAUCGAGAAGCCACAGUUUUUUUCUUCCAGAGUAAAAGCGCCGCCAGAAAUCAGCGCUCCCGAGGGCGUGCCACUGCAGGCUCUCCUGAAGUGA